GAUGGAAAGAUAUUAUUGCUAAGUAUGUAGUGAUCAUAUCUAUCAGUCAAAAGAGCUCUCAACGCGAUGACAAUAUCGAUUAAACAGAGAACAGCUGAAGACCUAUCCAGCACUGCUGAAUACACCACACUCAGAGUAAAACUGCUCUCCAUCCGUUUAGAAACAGUCACAGUAAAAAUCGGUUUUAAAAUAAAUUACGCCUGACCAACAGGGGGCGCAGUGAAAGGUCAAGGUUACGGGUCACUAGCUGACGAGUCUGCGAGAGUCGUUUCCAAGAGCAGCUAACGAAAUAAAUUUCCAGAAACUAAGUGUACCAGGGGGCAAAGAAUCACUGUUCUACUAGCAACUUGAUCUGACGAGGAACUUGAAUGGAUUCAAAGUUUAGCCUUGUCCCCAAGGUGAUCAAUGGCAGCAUUGCGGGUAUUGUAGGAGUGACAUGUGUGUUCCCCAUCGACCUCGUCAAGACUCGGCUGCAGAACCAGCAACCUGGGCCUAAUGGAGAGCUGCUUUAUAAAAACCUCGUUGACUGUGGGGUGAAGACAUUCCGCAAUGAAGGUUUCUUUGGAAUGUACAGGGGCUCAGGAGUGAACCUGCUGCUCAUCACCCCUGAGAAGGCAAUCAAGCUGGUUGGCAAUGACUUUUUCCGACACAACCUGCGCACAGAUAAAGGGACACUUCCCCUCAGUCGGGAGCUGCUGGCAGGAGGAGGGGCUGGGAUGUGUCAGAUAAUUGUCACAACACCCAUGGAGCUGCUCAAGAUACAGCUCCAGGAUGCUGGCCGCUCUGCCAAGGUAGAUCUGACUGCCAAUGGUGCUGUAGCAGGCAAGCCAGUCACAGCUCCCCGACUCUCUGCAACGAAGAUUGCCAUGGACUUGCUCCGACAGCGAGGCAUCUUUGGCCUGUAUCAAGGAUGUGGAGCCACAGCCCUUAGAGAUGUCACCUUCUCAGCCAUCUACUUUCCUCUGUUUGCUCAUCUCAAUGCAUUGGGCAAGCGGCGGGAGGGUAGCGACGAGGCAGUGUUCUACGUGUCCUUCCUGUCUGGGUGUGCAGCUGGUUGUGUGGCAUCACUGUCUGUCAAUCCUUUCGAUGUUGUGAAGACAAGGCUACAGACUCUACACAAAGGCAAGGGGGAGCAAUCAUACUCUGGGAUCAUUGAUUGUUUCAGGAAAGUGAUGUCGAAUGAGGGACCCAAAGCUUUCUUCAAGGGAGCCGCAUGCCGUAUUUUGGUGAUUGAGCCUCUGUUUGGGAUUGCACAGACCGUUUACUAUCUUGGUGUAGCGGAAUAUCUGAUGGGUUUGAAGAAGUCUUGAGAUGGGUGGUUUUAGUUGUGUGAGAUGUAUCUAGUGCAUGUGUGUAGAUAUCUGUUCUUGCACUAGGCGCUCACAGAUCAGUGUGCAUGAUUGCAAAACCAAUCUUAAUGAAAAUUUGCCAAAGAUAUUUUACUUUGUGAUGGAUCAAGAAUAAGUAGGUCAGAUGAGUGACGCAAAAUGAACCAGAUGGCACGAAGAAAAGGAGGAGUAGUUACUGAUUGAUUUCCAUGGUGUGGUGCAGUUUGACCUUCACAUUGGAAGGUUCAGGCUAUACUGACGGUAACUUCUAUAUUUUGUUUUGUGACAUGACUUGUAAUUUUAUUAGUGCUGCAUUCCACACAACAUAUACAACGAUAUACAUGUAUAGUGCUACUGUCACUUUACCAACAGUUACCGGCACCAUUAAAUUGUGUGAUUUUACUAGAUGUUGCAAAGAAUAUUUGUCUCUUUCCAAACACUGAGUUAUACAAUCAUUGAUGACAUAAAAUAGUUGCUUUUAAACUGUUAAUAAGUGCAGUGUGGAGGAAAGUCGCUCCUUCACAAGGUACUUCCACACUGCCUGUAUGUGUUAUGAUUUAUAUGUUGUUUUCCAAACCAAAGUUUAUGAUCUUACUGGUACCACUAAAAGUGCUGUCAGUAUGUAUCAAGAUGACACUUACUAACUGAAGGGCCAAAGUGAUAUUGUUUUCUAAAUAAUACUGGACUAUUUUUAUUUCUAAUUUAUGUGUGAAUGACAAAUGUGAGAUGCUUUAAAAAGACACUACAAGUAGGUUGUAUGUAAGUGUUCUUGGAUAUAGUGCUCCUGUAGCUUGUGAGUCAGAUAUGUGUGUGACCUUGUGUAUCAAAUCAUGUGUGUGAUCUUGUGUAUCAAAUCAUGUGUGAGACCAUGUGUACCAGAUGAGACCGUGUGUGUCAGGCUGUGUAUGUUAGACCGUGUGUGUCAGACCAUCUGUAUCAAGUGUCUGUUAGGCCAUGUGUGUUGUUUGCCAGACCAAAUGUGUCAGGCACAACAUGUGUCUGGAUGAAACCACUUGUGUCAACCAGCAAAUGUGUGUUAGGCAGCAGAAUGUGCAUGAGUCAGACCAAGUGUGAUAGUCAACCUGUUGGUUUCAGACAGAACAUGGAAGUCAUACUAUGCGUGUCCAUAAGACUUCACACAAGUCAUACCAUGUGUGUCAGUGUGUAUCAAUCAGGCCCCGUGUGACAGUAAGACACUGCAUGAACUCAUUGGCUAGCAGAUUGUAAGAUAUAUUUUAAUUCCUUUUGUAAACUGCAUAUACUGUUAUUUGCUAGUUUCUGCUGGGUGUUUUCAUGAGUUAAAAAAUUGUUAAUGUUUGUGUACAUUGUGAACAUAAUUUUUGGUUGAUUUUUAACUGAUUUUAGCAACUGUUACUUUUUAACAUUGACAGUAUUUCCACAGGGAACACCAAACGGGGUAGAUAUUGAGGCCAACUCAGUUCUUCCACAAUAAACAUCAGUAAAAAUAGUUACUGUGUAUACAUCAGCUGACUCAGUUUCUGAACCACCCACUGGAAUGAAACCAAAGAUUUAUUUUUGUACUGUGUGCUGUUAGUGCAAGCAGAUACCAUAUAAUAGAGGUGCAAAGCAAGCAACUUGUCCAUUGAGUUCCUCCCCUUGUCCCUCCCUGGCCAUAGCUCCAUUCUACAAAGCCAAUCCAUAGCGCUAUGAUUGUUGUGUGGAACGGAUCCAGGACAGGUGGCUUGUACUGCUAAUAUUCCACUGUUCUCUGUCCACAUUCGAGAUAUUCCAUGCAGUGUCACUAUGUCAUAAUGAGGAGGAAUCUCUUCUGUAAAUAUUUCCUGAAAAAUGGAUCCAUGUAACAAAAUACUGUUGGCUCUGUUGCCCCACAAUGGCAGGGAAACAUCACAUCACAGCAUUGCCAUUCUACUUUCAGACAGGAACAAUUUUACCUUUUUUACAAUUAGUUUGAAUAAGGCCAGACAUUUUGGUAGGGAAAUGAUUUUCAGAUUUUAGAGCCAAAAAUUCAUGUAGGAAGAACAUGGUCAAAACAAAAUAGAUACUGGGUUAUCAGAUACACUUUCACCAAGUUUGUAUUACAUCAUUCUAAAUAAUUUAUGUAUUUUGAUAUUGGUAGAAAAUAGGGUUACCGGUAUAUAUUUUACAUACUUCUGGUCGUUGGGGGUGGGAGGGAUGGCUAGGGUAGCUUGGUGGAUACAAAUUUCAGCUGAUUUAUUAUCUGGAAAAUGUCAGGGCUAACUUGUUGCAUAAUUAAACAGUAUGCCAGGUAUAUUAUAGGUUUUGGGAAGAAAUCCCUAUGUGCAUACUAUGCAAAUUUAUAUUGCAAGACUAUACAGGGAACAUACAAGUUGAUAUACCAUGGUGCAUGUGUAUUUAGGGGAUACACAGGUUCAUAUAUCAAGGUGCAGGGAGGGCAUUCUACACUUAUAUACCAACAUAGUACAUAGUACAUGGUUAUUGUUACACAUAAUAGCUUGGUUUGAUGUUGGCACAUGCAGUGUGUAGCAACUGUUGUUGUUUUGUCUGUUGUAAAUAUUUGUGUUAUGUUGUUGAUGUAGGUGUAGUUUUACAUAGGCUCUGUGCCUCAGCCAGUCCACAAUCUCCAGUAGAUUAUCCUCUUUGCCCCGGUGUAUUUUAUGACAAUUCCGAGAAACAUGGAACCAUGGGAGACAAAUAACCCAGAUCUGUUGUAUAUAACUAUGAUCUGCCUCUCUACCAACCAUUCAGAUUCUGGCGUGACACUCCAAGGGGAUCAGGGUCACGUGAAGUAGAAAUUAGCAUAGCAUUCUCUGCUGGUUGUGAAUUCUUGAAGACUAUUUGAAUAUUGUCCUGUGAUUAAAUAUUGUGAUAUCCUUAAGACCAAGAAUCCUUAAGCUCCAAUCAAACAUCAAAAUUUUGUUGUUAGAAUAGAAUUUUUCUUGUUACAGAGUUUAGAAUUAAUAAGUUCACGCUAGACAUUUGGUAUAUUUCACAUUUGUUGUGUGGAAUUUUUUUAAUCCAGUUUAUUUGAAUGAGAAUGUUGACUAAGCGAAACAACUCUUCUGAUCCUUGUUUCAAGUACAGGGAGUAUUUGUCUUAUGUUAGACUGAUAUUGGCAAGACAAUUGUGUAUGGUUUGUGUCACAGAUGGCCCACAAAACUGCUACUCCAUGCUGUGUUGACAAGUUAUGUACAAGGAUAUUCUUAUUAAAAGAAGAGAUCACUUCAUUCUUUCAUAUUACUAUAGUAAAUCUGUCAUGCAGUUUUGAGUCUUUUCAGUACAUGCUGUGCUCACAUUGCUUAUGUUCGUCAGGCAGUACCAUAUUUCCUCCAUUAGACACUCUGCUGGUCUUGGUCAUACGCUCAGUGACAAAAGUAAAAACCAGGUCCUAAAAAGGGCAGGGGUGUCAUUUGAUGAAAUUAAUAACCUUAUUCACAUUAACUUAUAGCAGAUAAUAAUUAACUCCCUUCUGAAUCAUAUCCGUUUCCUACAAAUGCACCCAUUCUAAUAUUGGAAAAAUGGAAUUCUGUAAAGAAGUGAGUGGCCAAUGCCGCAUAUCACCGAAUAGAUAUCUGCGUCCAUUAGGCAUGGAUUUAAAGCUUUUUACUAAACUAAUUGAGGCCCAGGUGUCCAGUAGAGAAGAUAUUGUGUUGUCUUCAGUCCUACAGCAUUACAAUCUGAAUCUUGCAUACUUUAGGACAUGAAAAGUGUUUCAGUGUAGGUGUACUGCACAAAAUAAAAACAUGAUUUGGAAAGGUAGUGAUGCUUUCUACAUCGAUAAUGUCUUGGAAUGUUCAUAUCAAAGGAUAACCACUUAAGAGUUGAAUUAGGAAAGUUAUGUUAGAUUGUUUUUUCCCCCAAACAUUUUUUCUUUGUCAUUUUUAAAUUACCAUAUUGUGCUUUUUUAAAUUUAUAAGACACUGAUGAUACUAAUACUUAAUCAAAACAGGUCCUUUUACCAUUUUGUUGCAGUGUGUUUAUGUCAGGCUGGAUUUUGUUCGUUGUUCUGUGUGAUAAAUUUUACGUCUGGGAAAGACAAGGAAUUAUUUGCCUUUUACUUUUUCCACAAUUUAUUUUCGAAAAUUCAUGAAAGAGAAAUAUUUACUUAUGUAUUGACUAGUCUAUAUUAAUAGUGUAUUUGUUUAUCAUUCCAUAACAUGUUCCCUUUACAGGAAACACUAAAACUACACAAUAACUGUCAGCCAUUGUUUCUGGUUUGUGUAAAUGAAGGAACUGUAAAAAUGGGUGGUGUGUCUGUGAGGUUAGAGGAGGGAUCUAUGCCCAAUGUCUGCUUGGCUUCUACCAGGACGAAAGAUCCUUUUGUUAUGUCAUACAUUGUUGCAUACAAAGCAUCAUAGAAUAAAAUUCUUUGAAAUAA